AAAUUUGAAGCAGUUUAGUUCUAUAACAGACAAAUGAGCAUUAUGACACAAUAUUUAAAUAAAAGUUUCGCAAAAAUCGUCUUUCUCCUAUAAAUAUUGUUUAGGCGCCGAUUUUUCAUCGAAGUAGAGUGUGGCAGAUAGUUGCGUAACGUAUCUUAAUCGAGAGUAUCAUGUUUGGUCAAUUUGAGUCAUUUUUCGAUAAAAACGUCGGCUGCGAUCAAUUACAUCGCAGAUCUAGAUCGCGAUAGUAGCGGAAUUUUUUUCACCAGACGACCAAAAGUCAUUUCAUAAAUGCCCGAAGGGAAUAAUUGAGACCAUAAUUUUCUUGAUAAAAUAUGGUAUUGGUUACAUUUUGCGAUUAUGGCAGGGUGAUAUUACAGACUUUCGAUAGCUAGUGAACGUUAUUAUAAAAUAAUGUGUUUAGACUUGGAAACUUUAAUAUACAAGAUUUGGAAUAAAUAGAAUAAUUGAGUCAAUAAUUUUCUUGAGGUAAAAUCGUAUCAGUAUAUUUGAUGUGGCUAUGACAGCAUGACAAUUUCGAAUCUUAGGUUAUUUUCAAAGUGUGUUCAGGAUUGAAAAUAAAUUUGCCAAAAAGCAGAAAAGACGCAGAAAAGACGCCUUACUCAAGUAAGGCAGAAUCAAAUAGGCUAUGUUACUGUUAAAAUAGUAUAUUUUAGACAUGAAGUCGAAACAAAAUUCAGUUCAAUUCGAAACAGCUUGAUUUGUAUCAAAACAAUGUUCGGAUGGAUAUGAAUCAUUUUUGAGAAUGAAUAAAUAAUUAGUCGCAUUCAGGCAUCUCGAGCCAAUACACGGAAUUCAUGGGAACACGGUUGAGUUAUAAAAAAAUGGACAGAGACUAAACUUUCCGCCAGCCUGGAUUGGUAAUUGGCCAAUUUCAGGUUUCUUAUCGAACAUUUCUUCAUUACCAGCUACUAAAUCGAACAGAGUAGCUUAUUUCGUAGUUGAAGCAUUCAGUAAGUACAUUUGACGAAAAUAAAACGAACUUCGCUAUUCAAUCGAUCGCUUGAAUUGUAUCAUGAAGGCCAAAAUAUCACAUACGAAAUUCAAAAUCGAUCCCCAAAUUUAGCAGCAACCAUAUUCGGAUAAACCGGCGAUUUUGGUUAAAUUGAAAAAAAAAAAAAAUGACUAACAUUUUGUAAGACUGUCGUAAUCUCGUUAGUACUCGAUUUUGCAAAAUCAUUCGGUCGAGAAACAAAUUACCACUAUUAAAUGCGACUGUUCCGAAGCAGAAACACAAUUUCAAGGCUUAUUCUGUGGAGCAAAGAGACUACCGUUGUAAACUUUGCGAACAAUUAUAAACACCAUUAAUAAUUAAUACUGUACUUACAGGAUACAUUCGAUGUUGCAACAUCACGCAGCACAUUUAAAAUUUAGCCCAAACCGGCAGAUCAGGAAAACAUCAAAUUUUACAAAAACUUGAAGUAAUCGCAUUUCUGCUGUAAAAAAGCGGGGACAGACAGCCGUCAACUAAUAGCAUAAUAAUAGUAAUAAAGGAGGGAUUACUCAGAAAUAAAGGAGACAUGUCGGGGUGGCAUUUCAAACGGAGAGCGUUUGUUUGCCUGUUGUCUACGGUGUUCUUUGUAACUAUUGGCCUUCAUACCGUCAUAACCUUUGAUUGGACGAGAACACAAUUUACAGGUCCGGAGGAAUUUCUAUUACGGGAAGGGCGAAAGGCUUCAGAAAACAAUAUGAACAAUGCCAGGCAGUUGGCAUCAUACGAUAAUCUCAGUCCAGAAGAACCGCUGGAUGAUUACAGAAACGAGGGAACGCUGGAGAACGCGAAAAUUCAAGACCUGAUCCCUCCAAAUAAAGUCAAGGAACCGCCAAAGCUACCACUCGGCCCUAUGCAUCGACCAGGUCCAGUGUUGCAAGACAUUAAAGGAACGUAUGUACAACUGAAAGACGACCAAGACGACGAAGUUGAAUUUCAUGCUUGUAACGCUAGGGGAACGUUAGAUAUGAGAGCAUAUCCGUUUGUUGACGCAAGAAGAAUAUAUUGUGGAGAUUCAAAAGGGAUGUAUGGAUUAUUGAAACCGCCAGGAGCGAUACCGUUGGAUAUAUUGGAAAAUGAACUGAAAACGAAUAAAUCGAAUGCUUCGUCUGGCGGAACGAUUUCAAAGCUCGACAUCGUCGUGGACCCUCCAAUGGCAUUGGAUGGCAUUUCAGUAUCAGGAGUCGGUAACGUGAUAAAAGCCAAACAAUUUUCCAUUUCCAAGAACGGAAAUAUCGCUCACACGAGAACUAAUAGAACAAUAUUAUCUGCAAGCGGAAAAACGUACUACACGAACUCUAUAUUAUUUUUUCCACCUAUUUUAUCAGAGCAAUGGGUACUUAUGGCUUUUUUAAGAACGUUGUACACCGAAUGUUCAGUUACUUCAAGGUUUACUGCGGUGACUGUUAACCACGCUUCGGUACAUGGAAAGAGCGUAACCGCUCCGUUUUGCGUUUUCCUAAACACAUUCGGAGGUGGGAUUAAAAAUGCUUACGUUUUAUGGGAAGGUGACUGCAAAACGAAUCCUUUGCCGAAAAGGCUAACAAAAUGUAAAGUAAGCGACGCUAGUAUAUAGCACAGAUCUUACAACCAUAUAUUAUCGGCUCAGGGAAUACAAAUUUAACUGAAAGUACCUUUUUCUUUUUUUGACCGACAUAUUGAAUUGUAAUAAUGUCGAAUACCUGAAUUUUGUUCAAUUCAUAUUUGUUAGUUGCAAGCAACUUUUUCUAAACUGAGUUCUACUUGCCAAAUAUUAUGGGUUGUAUUACUGGGGGAAUGAAAGCGUAUUAUAAGUCCCGCAAAAUAAUUUACUAUUAGACUCUAUAACCAAAAAGGUAUGAUCCGACCCAUCCACUGUCACAAAACGCCAUUUUCGUUUUUGUAGUUAAUUCCGUACAAUGGAUAUAAUUAGGAUAAUCUCUUAAAAAGUCACACCACAGGUGUUUAAAGUUCAUAUGAAAGACAAGUGCAUUAAACUUCAAGUUGGUUCGCAUUCUCAAAAAUUAUUCAAAUGUGUGAUAGCCUAGCACUGAUUAGAUUAGGGCAAACAAUAUACUUAUGGGCUACGGCAAUAUUAUAAAAGUACUGUUCUUCGUCACUGUGUUACUGCUGCUAUAUAUUUUAUUAAACUUCGAAAAAAUA